UUAUAAAAGUUGCAGGUGAACCAAGAAAGUGUCCCAAAAACCGAACAGCCAUUAAAGGAGGCAAGAGAAGCAAAUAGAAGAAAGAAGAAGAAGAAGAAGAAGAAGAAGAAGAAGAGAUCGGAGGAAGGGAUGGAGAAGUUUUCCUCUGCGAGAGUGGUGGCACAGAGCGCCAUAGUAGCUUAUUAUUCUUACAGUCAUCAGAGACCUUGCUGCUACCUUCAACAAGCUCUAAGGGCGAUCUCUAAGUGCGUAGGUCUCGACUCUUCUUCCAAGCCUCCUCCACAACCACACAAAGAAGCAAAUAAGGCUUGUCAAACAGGUUCCCAGGAUCCCCCUUCAGCAACAGACCGAGGAUUAGAUCCUCCUUCAACAACAGAACAAGGAACCAAAGCCACUGAGGAUGCAGCGGCGACACCCCAAACUAUAGAAACUUCUGCGCUGACCAGACGUUCGGCUAGACCACCACCGGUAAACCGUGGAUCAGGCGGCCAGACAAACUAGCUAUCCCCUACAAACUUCGGUGUCUUGUUGCUUUAGUAGGGAAUGUUUAGCGUGAAUCUAGACUGGUUGCAUACUUUUCCGUUGUUUUUAUAUGUCUCCCAAUCUGUGUAUUACAUAUUUACAUGUACACUGCAAAUGAUAACACGUAUAGAUAUGUAUGAAAUCAUGACCGACUUUACAGAGAAUCAAUCCAAACUCCAAAGCCAUGCAUAUAUUUUGUAAAAACUAAACGGUCCGAUUCACGGUGAAUGAUAGGGCCACGCCUCCUUGUUUCUGAAAACCAUUUUACUUUCCGAUGAUGAGGUGGCCCGCUUUUAACAUCCACCGUGAAUCGGGAUCGGGCGGUUUCCUCUUUUGCAAUACAAUUGUGCUUUGAUUUC